UGGCAGAUGUGUCCCGCGCGGUCGCAGUGUACUUCUUGUUGUUUGCAUUGUAUAUUUCUGUAAUCAAUAAGUCGUUCGACAUGGAUGCAAAUUUUUCUAUUAAAAUCAAAUUUUAAAUAUUUCGCGGCUUGCAUUAAUAUUAACGCAUUCUUUAAAUUGUGGAAACAAUAUAUAACUACAAGACUGAUUCUUUGUAUCACUGAGCAUUGAGCACAAUCGUGAGCCACCUGGUAUUAAUAUAUUUAUUUUUAACAUCAAUAGUUAUUUCUUUGAAUCUGGAUCGUCACUAAAUAUUUAAAAAAAAUCAUUUAUUUGUGUUGUUAAACGAAAUAUCUUACCAAUGUUACUCAUUUCUUUCACGGAAAAAAAAAUUCUGAUAUAUUACAAUGACAUUUGAGAGGUUAAAGAAAAAAAAAACAGUAUUAUUGAUUUUUGAUGAAAAAAGGCAGGACAGCAGAUUUUAGGAUUCAAAAUAUAAACGAUGUUCAAGACAGAAUUGGUUUCAGUAUCAAUUACUGUGUUGUUGCAAGUGACCAUUAAAAAGUGCUCAAAGGUAGUGGGUAAUGAUCAAUUUCCGAGUUAAGACAAAAGCACCCCAUGUAGAUUCGGCCCUGAACCGGCGGCGGAGUAAUUUACGUUGUGCUGUAUAACCUCAGCUGUUUCCCGCCAAAGAUCGCCAUUGCAAAACGCGUUCGGGCGUUGUGUGCACUGUAGAGUGACUGUCUUGCGGACGAAUCUCAGUUGUAUACUGAUUUAUACCAGUGUUCGAAUAAGGAAUAUUAUUCUAAUAACAAAGUUUCGUGUAAAUACGUGAUUUGAUAUCGUGAUGCCCGAAAAACUCACGAAUACAAAGAAAGUGAUCAUAAGAAAAUGAAAUAGUAAUAUAUAUGUAUGUGUGUAUGUGUAUGUGUAUGUAUAUGUGUGUGCAUGCAUAUAUAAUAUUCGAAUAAAAAAAAAGAUAAAAAAUAAACUAUUCGAAUUUAAAAGUUUGAAUUUUUUUUGUAACCAAUUAAUUUAAAUUUAAAGUGUUUCGCGAUAGCUCAGGUUAAAAAGUUGUACUCAUCAACUCAUAAACGGUGAUAUAAUAUACAACAGUGUGUGAGCAGGAUAAGUGGCGCGGAACAACAAGAUAUGUCAGUGUUUGCUAGUAGUGACGAACGGAUUCUCAUUGAAGAAAUCGUUGAAGCCACAGCCGGAGAACAGGAAUCCGAAGCCGAGUUUUGUAGUAUCGACACUACAGAAGAAAAUUCACUCGCAACAGUGACUUUAGUUGAUGUAUCAAACUAUGAUCAAGAUCCGUCUGAGCGUGUAAAAAUUUCAGACUCAUUACUCCCUGAAGAAAACUUCGAACACAUUUUGAGUAGUACUCAAGUACCUAGCCAAAUUAGUUUGCACAAUAUUGAAAACAAAAAUAAGGUUAUAACUCGUAGUCACAUGGAACAAGAGAAAAGAAUGCGGCGAGAAAUCGCCAAUAGUAAUGAACGAAGACGCAUGCAAAGUAUUAAUGCUGGUUUUCAAUCACUCAGAACAUUGCUGCCUCAUCAUGAAGGUGAAAAAUUAUCUAAAGCAGCCAUUCUUCAACAAACUGCUGAGUAUAUAUAUCAAUUAGAGCAAGAAAAAACUCAGCUUCUUUCUCAAAAUUGUCAGCUCAAAAGACUUGUAAAUCAACAUGAAGGAGGUGACGUACCAGUAAAAAAACGUAAAAUUGAAACUCAAGGGGUGGUAGUAAAUUUGCCUAUACAUGUAAGUGAAAGUGGAGACGAAGGAUUGGGCAGUAUGUCUCCAGAACCAUUAUCAGUAAUUACUGUUUCUACGGAUGGCCACUCAAUAGUUAGUAACAAUAACAAUGCUGGUAUAGGCAGUGAAGUUGUAGAUUUAAAGCGACAAUUAGAACGAGAACGCCAUCAACGUUUGAAUUUAGAGAAGCAAUUACGAGCAAUACAAACUCAACUUUAUCCCGAAAGAUUUCGAGACAAUCAGCUCAUAGCUUAUCAGCCACAUGAAGUCAUAGAGCACACAGACAACGUUAUGGCCCAAGAAACAGAAGAUGCAGUAGCAACACUGCAAGUUGUUUCAGUGAUGUCUAUUCCAGCAGUUGGAUCAACUCAAACAGUCGAAACAUCAAAUCCUGAACCAAGUACCCCACCUUUAUCGCCACAGCCAGUCGAAGUAAUUGCAGAAGAAAUAAUGAAAGAAGAAGAGAUUUGUCCUGAAUCUCCAAAAUUAAUUGCAUUUGCUACCAACAAUCAAAUAUUUCAAGCAACCGUUGAAGAGCAAAGUACUCCAGAAUCUUUUUCUCCACCAAACGUUACUUACAAAAAUGAGUUUCAUAAUAAUUCGACGCAAUUUAUCACAGCGAGUCCUACAAGGCCUUUUUCACCACCUGUAGAGCUUCAGCGGCUGCCUAGUGUCUUAGAAGCAGCGAUGAAGGCUGAACCCAAAGUUGAAGUAGAAAGACUUCCAUCACCAGCGAGUUCUUUGGAAGAUGGUACAUCGCAAGCAAGACUAUAUCUCGCUAAUACGUCUCGACAAAACUUAGAAACGAUUGUUGAGGCGAUACGGCAUCUUGAAGGAGAUCAUCUAUUUAGCGAUGAGCCAGCCCAAGAUAUUCCACUAGCAUUAACGAAUAAGACUACCACGGGUGCUUCAACGAAUACGUCAACUAAACAACGACUACUUCACGCUGAAGUCAAUAAUUUUCUGCAGUUUCACUCACAGCAGCAACCAACUCAGCAACGACCUGGUGUUAUUGUUGUUAAACAGUCGUGAUCAUCUAUUUUUUAUUCCGUUAUUGAUAAUUUAAUACAAUAUGAACAAGCAUAAAUUUUUCAAUCACUGUUACAACUCGUAUUCAUCAAUACCUUUUAGUAGAUAUUUUGUCCUCACAAAAAAAAAAAUAUUUCAUAAAAAAUCUAAGGAAUAUUUAUUUAACUUCUGCGAAUUAUUACUAUUAUUAUUAUUAUUAUUAUGAUUAUUAUUAUUAUUAUUAUUAUUAUUAUUAUUAUUAUUAUUAUUAUUAUUAUUAUUAUUAUUAUUAUUAUUAUUAUUAUUAAUUACUUAGAUAAUAGAGAUAAUGUGUAGAGUACUAACAAGCCUGUUACAAAAACAAAGCUUUUUUCUUAUAAUUCAUUUUAUAUUUUUUAUAUGUCUGUAUAUAUCGUUAUUUCAUUUGAAUAAAAUGCGUCACUCCCGUGAAAAAUGAAAAAUUAUUUUUCAUGAUUAUCUUUAUAAAAGUUUCAUUGGAUAAAAGU